CUCUUUUAUUCUUCCUCUCCCUCUUCAUCUUCCAUCGUAUUCUUCUCCCUCAUUCUAGACAGUAUCCCCAUGUCGUCGCCCGAGGGCUUCCCGCUGCUCGACCUCCGGCCGACCGACAGCGGCCGCACUGAAGAAGAGCCCGCCGUCGAGCCGCCGCCUCCCUCGCCCGACCGUGAACGUCCACGCAAUCCCAACCGUGUUCGCUUCCACUCCAUCCACCACACGACGACGAGGACUCCGGGCGAAGAUGACGAACCGCCGCGGGACUUCUUUCCUCCGCACUCGCUACACGCUCUCAAUGCCUCGACCGAUAUGACGGACCUGCCGCUGAACGACCGAUCGCCGUUUGUGGGACAGCCCGGGCCGGCAGAGAAGACACCACAGCUCGUGGAGGAAGACAAGCCACAGGAUAGAGGAGAUGGAGACAAGACGAAUCGCUUCAAGGCGGCCGGCCAGGUGCUCCGCCAGAAAACGGUGCGUCUGACGGAGCGGCUGGGCCGCCCAGCCGACGAAGGCGAGGCGUUGAUGCCCACGUCGUCCACCACGACGACAGCGACCGACACGCCGCCGCGCCGCCCGUUCUACCGCCGCCAGCAUUCCGACGGGGCAGACAGCACCCGGUCGCUGAUCGACGGGGCCAGCUCCGAGGCGCAUCGUCUGGUGCGCUCGUUCGGCUGGUCCGCCGAGCCUGUCCGACUGCGCAAACCGCGCAAGCCGUACCUGCGCUCCGGGUUCAGCACGCCCGACGGCCAGACCACCCCGACGGACACGGCUCCCGCGGGCGGGGGAUACUCGCAUGUGCGCAUGUCCAGCGGCGGGGGCGGAGGCGGAGGCGGGAUCCUCUCGCAAUUGCUGCGGCUGCAGGCCAGCCAGCAGUCGAGCCGCGACAGCGACUAUUACUCGUCCGACGACGAGUCCCUGAGGGGGUCCUCGGGGACGGCGACGCCCGUGGCGCCCGGGGCGAUCACCCCCGGGGGCACGAUGACGGGGUACUCGACGCCCAAGAAGGAGAAGAUCAAGUGGUACAAGAAAUCGCACCAUCGGUCGACCUCGUCGCUGGUCGAGGCGUCGAUGAACCUCAGCCGGGCGAGUCUCCCGGCCACGGCGGACUUGAUGCCGGCGUCCACGCCGCAGCAGCAGCAUCACGGCAAGCGCAGCAGCCGGCGCAAGAACCGCCUGGAGGAGGAGAUCCGGGUGACGGUGCACAUCGCCGAGAUCCUGGCGCGGCAGCGCUACAUCAUGCAGCUGUGCCGGGCGCUGAUGCGCUACGGGGCGCCCACGCACCGGCUCGAGGAGUACAUGGUGAUGACGGCGCGGGUGCUGGAGGUGGACGGGCAGUUUCUGUACCUGCCCGGCUGCAUGAUCAUGUCCUUUGACGACGCGGCCACCCGCACGGCCGAGGUGAAGCUGGUCCGCGUCGGACAGGGGGUCGACCUGGGCCGGCUGGCGGAAUCGCACAACGUGUACAAGAAUGUGGUGCACGACCUGAUCGGCGUCGAGGAGGCGAUCCAGGACCUCGACGACAUCAUGAAGCGCAAGCCGCGCUACAACCGCUGGCUGCUGGUGGGCAUGUACGGCUUCGCCAGCGCCGCCGUCGGGCCCUUUGCCUUUGGGGCCCGCCCGAUCGACAUGCCCAUCAUCUUCAUCCUCGGCUGCCUGGUCGGCUUCAUGCAGCAUGUGCUGGCCCCGGCCUCGGUCCUCUACUCCAACGUCUUCGAGGUCACCGCCGCCGUGCUGACCUCCUUCCUGGCCCGCGCCUUUGGCAGCAUCUACCGGCCGGGCACCGACGAGCGGCUGUUCUGCUUCUCGGCCCUGGCCCAGUCCUCCAUCGCCCUCAUCCUGCCGGGCUUUCUGGUCCUCUGCAGCAGUCUCGAGCUGCAGUCGCACCAGAUCAUUGCCGGCUCCAUCCGCAUGGUCUACGCCAUCAUCUACUCCCUCUUCCUGGGCUACGGCAUCACCGUCGGCCUGACCAUCUACGGCCUGAUGGACGGCAGCGCCACCUCGCAGCAGACCUGCACCAACUCGAGCGCCGCCUACGGCAACGAGUACCUGGAGCGGUUCCCCUUUGUCGCCAUCUACUGCGUCUUCCUCGCCCUCAUCAACCAGGCGAAAUGGAAGCAGAUCCCCGCCAUGGUCCUCAUCGCCGUCCCCGGCUACAUCGCCAACUACUUCAGCACGAAGCGGCUGGGCUCCAGCUCCGAGGUCGCCAACACCGUCGGCGCCUUCACCAUCGGCGUGCUCGGCAAUCUGUACAGCCGCAUCUGGCACGGCCAUGCCGCCACCGCCAUCCUGCCGGGCAUCUUCGUGCUCGUCCCCUCGGGGCUGGCCUCGAGCGGCUCCCUCAUCGCCGGCCUCGAGUACGCCAACGCCGUGAAAAACGACUCCGCAUCCUCCUCUACUUCCACUUCCUCUUCCACUUCUGUUGCCAGCCUGGGCUUCGGCAUGAUCCAGGUCGCCAUCGGCAUCACCGUCGGCCUGUUCAUGGCGGCCUUGAUUGUUUAUCCGUACGGCAAGCGCAGGAGUGGCUUAUUCAGUUUCUAGACUUAGACUAUACCACGAAUAAUGAUAAUACAAUGCAGUCACUUCAC